AUGCGGCACCGACAGCCCGAUCCGCGCCCCUUCCCGUGCGCUCCCCGCCUGGAGCCGCCACGGCGGCGCAGCGCCCUCGCCCGACGGCGCUCCCGGCCCGGAGCGUUCGUGUGCCCGGUGCUGCUGGACGUGUGCAGCCCCGACAGCAAGGGACGCGGCGGACUAAUCGGCUUCGGGGCUCCAACUUUGCUCGCAGAACUCAUCAGGCACGGCCGGGAGAGGAUAGAACAAACCAUCAAGGCCUCUGGCUCCAGGCUCUGCUCAUAUGCUGAGCGAGUUGUUUUUUUAAUGGAUCGCUCCCGGAGCCCAGACAAAAGCAGCCAGCCUUCAACACCAACUGACAACAUCAACCUCGGACCUUCUGCUAACCCCAAUGCCAAGCCAACAGACUUUGACUUCCUGAAGGUUAUUGGCAAAGGAAGCUUUGGAAAAGUUCUCCUGGCCAAACGCAAGUGUGAUGGGACUUUUUAUGCAGUGAAAGUCUUACAUAAGAAAACCAUCCUCAAGAAAAAGGAGCAAAACCACAUCAUGGCAGAACGUAACGUGCUCCUGAAAAAUGUCAAGCACCCCUUCCUUGUGGGACUCCACUAUUCCUUCCAGACCUCAGAGAAGCUUUACUUUGUGCUUGACUAUGUAAAUGGAGGAGAGCUCUUCUUCCACUUGCAAAGGGAGCGCUGUUUCCGGGAGCCCCGGGCCCGGUUCUACGCCGCAGAAGUGGCCAGUGCCAUUGGGUACCUGCAUUCCCUAAACAUCAUCUACAGGGACUUAAAGCCUGAGAACAUCCUCCUGGAUUGCCAGGGACACAUAGUAUUGACAGAUUUUGGACUCUGCAAAGAAGGAAUGGAGCAAGAGGAGACAACUUCUACCUUUUGUGGCACUCCUGAGUAUCUGGCUCCUGAGGUGCUAAAGAAGCAGCCCUAUGACAGGACAGUAGACUGGUGGUGCCUAGGAGCUGUCCUCUAUGAAAUGCUCUUUGGACUGCCUCCUUUUUACAGCCGGGAUGUGUCUCAGAUGUAUGACAACAUUCUGCACAAGCCACUACAGAUCCAAGGAACCAAGACUGUGGCAGCUUGUGACAUCCUUCAGGGACUUCUCCACAAGGACCAGAAGAGGAGGCUGGGUGCCAAAACAGACUUUCUUGAGAUAAAGAGCCAUGUAUUCUUCAGCCCAAUAAACUGGGAUGAUUUAUAUCACAAGAGGAUUACUCCUCCAUUCAACCCCAAUGUGGCUGGCCCAGCUGAUCUGCGACACUUUGAUCCUGAGUUCACCCAGGAAGCCAUCUCUGCCUCCAUCACCCGCACGCCUGACCUGGCAGCCAGCAGCUCCAGUGCCUCAGAUGCAUUUUUAGGAUUUUCAUAUGCACCAACUGAAGAGGACAUUUAAGUUUUACAAAGGCUUUGUCAAGCCAUAUUUUAAAUGAAUG